UCAUGGCCUGGGCCUGGGUCUGCACCAGCUGUUGCCGGCAGCUGGCUGAAGCGGUCCUGCCCACCUCCACUGGGGUUGGGGCCGAGGAGAGGACCCCUUUGCUGGGCCUUGCCCCUGCCAGCCUGUCCCCAGGGCCCUCAAUCCUGGGAGGCCCAGGUACCCCAAGCAGGGCUGGGUUCUCCUGCCCCCCUAAUGGCUUCGCUAGCAGUGACCCCCUUUUUGGUGGGUACAAGGAAGUAGGCCUGAGCACUGGUAGCAGCUCCACCUGGGGUCCUGGAGCCACUGGGGCCUCCUGGCCCACAGCCGUCCUUCUGGCCGACCUUGAGCAGGAUGCGAGGCAGGGGGAGUGUGCCCUUCCCAGGGCUGCCCCAGCAGGCCUGGCCCCACUGAAACCCGAAGCCGGCCAGAGCUCCAGCCCUGGGCUGACCAGCUGCAUGGGGGCGAGGAUAGUGGCAGAGGCCAGAACAGGGGACUCAGGCAGUGCCGAGCCUGAGCUGGAGAGCUGGCUGCCUCGCUGCCAUGGUGGUCCCGAGACUCCAGAGCCCAGAAGAGAGCAGCCUCCAACUGCACCAGGUGGGCUGUGGGGGGCAGCAAGCCAGGUGGUCAGCCUGUUGUGGGGGUAUCACUUGGCCUUAAUCCAGUGGUAGGGAGACCUUCAGGGUUUCUCAGAGGAAGGAGGAGGGGAAUGGAGGCUCUUGGGAACCAGCCAUGGUCCUUUGAAAUCUGAUAGGGGAUUGGGUACCCCUGGGACGUAACCUGGUGCUGAGGUACCUUCUGGGCAGGCAGGCUCCCGGUCCUGGGCGAGAGGGGUGGGAGCUGUGGCCACCUUUGCCUUUCUUCCCUGUCCCCCUUUCCCAUCCCUCUUAGCCCAGACUCGGAGUGCAGGCUGCCUGUCUGGGGCCGGGUAUCUGACUUCUCGCUUCUGGGGUCUUAGACCUCAAAACUGCUGUACCGUGCUGGGGGGAGCCCUUCUUGCAUCUGCUCCUAUUCCAGGAGCUUUCCCACAGCAAUGUCUUUCUCAAGGACCCAGUUAGGGGAAGUGCCUCAUAUCUGCCAUUCCUCUUGCUGCCUUUUGGAAGCUGACCAAGCACCGCCCUUCUCCCCACCCUCCUGCUUGUUUGUCAUAGAGUUAGCCUGAUUCUCCCUUUGGGGUGGCCGCUUCCUUUAGGGGCUUGGGGUAGCACUGCCUGGGGCUGCGGGCUCACUGGAGAGAGGUCCUUGUGUGUCCUUGUGGUUUUCCAGAAUUUUCCUUCAGGUCU